AUGACGCUCCUCAAGGCCGUCGUCGCCUCGUCCGCCGUCGCGUUUACGAUUCUCUCCCAGGCAGUCACCCCCGUCGCAGCUUUGGCCGCUCCUGCACACGGACUUUCUGCCCGUCACGCUGCCCCAGGUAUCUCACCAAACCACGGAGGUAUCAUCAAGCGCAAGCGAAACCUGCACAAGCAACGCAAACGUUGCCUGGCCCAGAAUAACCCUGGCACCACUUCGUCUGCCUCCAACCCCACGCCCACCGACACCGGAAAUAACAAUGGUGGAAGCACCGGCAACACUGGCAACACGGGCGGAAACAACGGCGGUGGAGGCCAAGUGAGCAGCUGGGUGUGCGGUAACACCAACACCAAGAUUGGUAUCGCCAUGGAGUGGAUGUUGGCUGACAACCUCGCCGCCUUCCGUGGAAACGCGUGCGGUGUCUACAACUGGGCUGCCUAUCCUCCGGACCCGAACCAGCUCGGCAACCUUCAGUACUGGCCCAUGUUGGCUCGCGGAGACUGGAACAAUGUCAACGAGUUCCAAAACAAUGUCUUGAACAGCGGAACCCACUAUCCGUGGGCCCUUGGCUUCAACGAGGUCAACCAGCGUGGCCAAGCUGCUGGUGACGGCGAUUACAUGGACAUUGGAUGGGCUGCACAGCUCUGGAGAGAAAACUUUAUGCCUCUGAGGUAUAGGGGAACUGGUCUCGUUUCGCCCUCGACCACCAACACCGAUGGCGGACUCGACUGGAUGCAAAACUGGAUGAACACCCUGGGCGGCCAUGAGCAGCCUGAUGCGAUUGCCACCCACUGGUACGGUACGAGCCCAGAUGACCUCCGCAACUGGCUCGAAAAGGUGCACAACCGCUUCGGCAAGCCUAUCUGGCUCACCGAGUUUGCGUGCAACGACUUUGGCACUAACAGCUGCCCGAUGGACGUCUUCGCGUUUGCUGCGGCUGCAAAGGCCAUCAUCAACAGCCUCGACUAUGUCGUCGUUGCCUGUCCAUUUGGCUUUGUGAACACACUGAGCGGCGUCAACUAUGCCAGCCGUCUCAUCUACGACGGUGGAUGGCCCAAUGACCUUGCCAGGAUGUGGCUCAGCUACUGA